AGAACUGAAAUGUUAUUUUAUUAAGUAAGGAAUAAAACACUUCAUGUUGUGGUGUUAUAAGAAAUUAAUCAACCACAUCGUGCUAGUUACUGCUAGCACUCCUCCAAGUGAUUAUUUCCCUAUAACAGCACAUCCCGAAGAGUUUUAUUCCUCUUAUCCCACUGCAAUUUGCCAGUGAUUACUUUUUUGUUUUUCAUUUAAGAAUGCCACAUCAUACUUUUUAUCUGUUUGUCGUUACAUUUAACGUUGUGAGAAAGUUAGUUCCUGUUCUCACUUACGUUAUAGCAGCUAUAAACAGUCGUUCCCUCACCAGCCUCUUAUUUUUCUCUUGCAAAGUUAAUAUAAUAAGAAUGCAGCUUGUCAUUUUACACAAACUCCUCUCUCCUGAAGACUGUUACAAAGCACUGACACUGGAGACUCCUUUCCAUAAGUAUUAAAUAAACAUCUCCUUGCAGAAAACUAUAUCAACAAUUUCACAUAUUUUUAAAAUCUGUUUCUGUGGAGCAUCUGCUGCACAAGUCCCCUGUGUAAGUUGUUACUACAGAACCGAUAACAUAUUGAUUUGCAGCUGUCCAAGCUGCUGUUAGAGAAAAGUAAUCGACAACUUCUGGCCAAUCAGAAUCAAGAAUUCAGCAGUGCUGUGGUAUAAUUAGUAAUAUUCCAUCAGAUCCGACUAAAUCGUGCCACUCCAACUGUUUGUAUGAAAUUUAUUUGCUGUAUCACCCAGUUCCUGUUUUUGUGAUUUGAGCCAAUUUUACCAACAGUCUGUUUCUAAUAUGCAUUCUCUCUCUGAAUGUGUGAGUGUGAGUGUGUGUGUGUGUGUGUGUUUUCCUCUCUGCCUUUUGGCUGUGUCACAAAUUACUUUGCCACAUCUCACUGCAAUGCAUUGACAGUAAUUAGGCCAACACCCCAGAUCUGUCACUCAGGUACCAUUUUCACAUUCAUAAUCUCUCAUAUAUAUUCAUAUAUUUAUAUUUCUCUGCAUUUCUCUUUCUCUUUGUGUUAUUUCAGUAUUUUAUUUUUUCAUUCCACUCCUGGCUGAUUUUUCUGUCACACCAUUACAUUUUUUUGAUGGUUAAAAUCAUCAUAUCUCAGUACUGCGUCAUUGUGGAUGUCUGUCGUUUCUCUAUUGUAUUAAAAUAACUUUGAACUGCCUGUGAGAAUUGUCUGAGAAAUGUAGGACAUCAAGUUAAAGGAAUACUUCAGUGAUUUUCAAACUAACCUCUAUCCACUGCAUCUGUGUCUUUAUUGUAAUUACCGCAGACAACAGUCAAGAAGACUUCAUGGCGAGGAGCAGAAACAACAAGGCUUUAACAACCAAACAAAUCAGGAACCAAAUGCCAGACGAAGAUGAUAGAUGAAGAUGAUAGAGAACAGACCAGUGAGGAGGAGAAACAAAAGCACGUCAUGCACGUCAUGUACGUCUAAGCUUUGUCUAGGCUUCUCUCAUACACUUAGUUAUCAAUAGGCAUUCUGAGUUAAAUAUUUUUGUGAAGUUAAAAUAUGUAUUUUCUUGUCUAUUUACAGUGGGAUCCAAUGACAUUCCUACUUUAAUGAGCCUAUCGCUCUUAGUUUGCUUAAAGUGGUGGCUCUGUGGUUAAGGCAUUGGGCUACUGAUUGGAACGUCUUGAGUUCAAAUCCCAGCAUCACCAAAUUACUACUGUUAGUCCCUUGCGCAAUGCCCUUAACCCUCAACUGCUUAAGUCUAUCCUGUCUCAGUUGUAAGUCACUUUGGAUAAAAGAGUCAACCAAAUGAGGUAAAGGUAAAUGUCAAGUUGAAACCAAGUCAGCUGUCUUCCACCUGCCACACGUGAACUUCUCGCUGCUUGCUUUCCCACAAUCUCUCUCAUGUUCUUUAGCUACUCCCUGCUAGAAAUGAAUGGGAGCGAAAUGUACAGUCUAAAUUUGUGUAAUUCUCUGUAACUAAUCCUCUCUGAGAUGUGUGUUAUCCUUGUAGUUGUGUUGUUCUACUGGUUUAUGGAUACAACAAAACCUAUUUAAAAACUACUUUUUAACUGUAUUGCUCCCGUGAUGGAAAGUUGGAUAAAAUUCCAGAAGAAGAGCUCUGGCAAGAUUUUCUCUCACACUGCGCAAUGUUUAUUGUAUAUGAUCCUAUUUGCUAAUUCGGGCGUUAUGGUGACGCAGUUAUUCGGGCGUUAUGGUGACGCGGCAGGCUUGAGCUCAGGUUUCUCUCUGCGUUUUGCAUGUUCUCCCCUGCGUUCCUUGUGGGUUUCCUCCAGGUUCUUUGGUUUCCUCCCUCCUCCACAAAAACAUGCCAGUAGGUGUGUUGGUGAGUCUGAAUUGCCCUUAGGUGUGUAUGUGUGUGUAUGAGUGUAUGUAUGGUGCCCUAUGAUGGACUGGAAUUUCAUCCAGGGUUAAUAAAGCCAGUGUUCCCAGGAAAGGCUCUGGAAUCACUCUGUUAUUAGUAGUAUUAUUAGUAUCAGUGUUAGUAAUAUUAUAAAAAGCAUGCUUUAAAUAUGCGCAAACUGGCUUUGCGCAUUGACUACUCCGUGUGUGUGUGUGUGUGUGUGUGUGUGUGUGUGUGUCUCCCCCAAAUGACAACAAACAGUCCGGAUGCAACACUGGUUAUAGAUGGAACGGAAGAAAAAAAGAUAAAGAGAGCGCGCGCAACCACGGACGCACGCGCGCGCAUGCCUCCGGUGCCGUAGGAUCCCCGCUGAUGUACUCGACCGUGUGAUGCGCGAGAUCAUGACAUGAUGGGUCACGUCACGCGCGCGGAUGGCCAGAGCGCAGAGUGGCGCGAGGAGGAGCGCGGCGCGCCGCAGUGCCAUGUAGCCUAGCAGCGGGGGGGGAAAUCCCGGCGCGUGACUCCGCGACUCCUGCACGCGGUACGAGGCCUGUCAAUCACUCAAUUAUAUGAGUGGGUGGAGCAUGACAGAUGGGUGUGGCUGGCAAUGUGUGUGACAGUGCAUGAUUGUUUCCAUGGAGACAGAUGGCAGCUUUUCCGAGAGCCCCACACUCACACUCCUACAGUCAAACAACGGUGUGGGGGAGGGGCUUGUCAGGCCGGAGGAGGCAUGGCUCGGCUUCCGGGCCACGGUGAGUGCUGUGCUGCUAUUGGAGUUGCUGCUAGGUGUGGGCGGGAACCUAACGGUGCUGGUGUUGUACUGCGGCCACUGCAGCCUUCUCGAGUCAGUCAGCCAUGCUGUCACCCUCAGCCUGCACACGCUUGACCUGUUGCUCUGUCUGCUCUGCCUGCCCAUCACUGCGAUGCUCCUCCUUCUGGGUGGAGCCUCCAGCCCUCAUCACGUCCUGCUCUGCUGUCUCCACGAAUCAGCAGCCACCUUCGCCAGUGUAGGGACUGCACUCAACCUGCUGCUCAUUAGCCUCGAUCGCUACGACAUCAGUGUCCGUCCAGCCAAUCGUCUGCUUACGCCACGGAGAGCGGCGUUUUUGCUAGCUGGAGUGUGGGUCGUGUCUUUAACCUUGCCAGUCUUGCCAUUUGUGGAGGCAGGGCUUGGCUCUGGGGCAACAGAUGGAGCACCUGUUUACUCAAACAGCACUUUGUUGUGUUCUCAACUGGUAGGGACUCUGCAAGCUCAUCUCUUUCUGCAGGCUCCCAUCUUCCUGUGCUCACUAGCUGUAAUGCUGUUUACUUACGCACGCAUCCUGCAGGCCUUGCGCAUUCGCAUCGGACAUCCGGCCAGAGCACAAAGAGGCGCCACGCAACUCGUCCGGCGCCCCUGGCAGCGUCAUAAGAGGUCUACAAGGUCACCAGAUCAUAUGACAAAGACUGUAUCUGUCUCUCCUCCUCCCCUCUCCACCGGGCCGCUUGUGGCCUCAGACACCAUUACCACAGUGACCAUCAACACAGAGACCAACACACCUUCAGUGAACACUCCACUGAGUCCAACCUCCUCUGCGGCCACGGCAACCACACCCUUUGCACUGAUCCCGAAUGUAGGCAUAUCAUUGGGAGCAGCGCCUUUGAAUUCUAUGCCUACACUGUCCACCGUAACCACACCUCAAAACCAUAACCCAAAUGCUUCCACCAUCAACACCCCCCUACACCCCACCAUAACCAUACCACUAAACCCUAAUCCAACUAUAUCCAUCAUAACCAACCAUCUAAACCAUAACCCAACUACACCCACCAUAAUGACUCAUCUAAACCCUAACCCAACUACAUCCACCAUAUCCAUCCCUCUAAACCCUAACCCAGCUGCAUCCACCAUAACUACCCAUCUAAACCCUAACCAAACUACACCCACCAUAACCACACCUCAAAACCCUAACCCCACUACACCUACCAGAACCACCCAUCUAAACCCUAACCCCACUACAUCCACCAUGACCACCCAUAUAAUCCCUAACCCAGCUACAUCAACCCUAUCCUUCCCUCUAAACUCUAACCCAACUAUAUCCACCAUAUUUGUAUCUCCAAACCCCAGCCCAUCUACUUCCACCCCAACUAUACCUCCAAGUCAUAACCAAGUGUCAUCUACUAUAACCAUACCUCUAAACCCCAGCCCCUCUAUAACCACCAUAACCACACCUCUUAACCAGACUGCAUCAUCCACAGCCUUGCCAUUUAAUCCCACUCCAGCCAUAUCCACCACACCAUUAAGUCCCACUGCUACACAUGCUCCACCCAGUGUUGGUGUGGGGGCCUCAGUGUCAGCCAUCUUGGCUCUGCGCCGUGCUGUGCGACGUCACAGAGACCGAAGGGAACGUCAGAAACGUGUCUUCCGCAUGUCUGUCAUCAUUGUCCUCUCUUUCCUGCUGUGCUGGGCUCCUCUGUCCAUUACACCACUCCUACAUCUGGCCAUUGGACCCUCUGAUUGGCUGGAGCGCCUCAGGGUCUGCUUCCUAGUGCUUGCCUACUGGACAGUGGUGCUUCAUCCACUGCUGUAUGCGUUCACGCGGCAGAAACUGCGCAAAGUCCUGCACACACGUCUACGCAGGCUGCGCAACAAAAACAACAACACACACUCCAUCGCUCGGAUAAAACAGAGGAAUCGGCGCAAGCACAGGGCAGACUGCAGCGAUGCUACUGACCGCUGCCUGAUGGAGGCUGUCCGUGAGUGACGACCUGCGGUGUGUGUGUGUGUGUGUGAGGUGCAGGGAACAAGCAGUGACAUCACCUCGUAUUGCAUGUCAACAGUUCUGUAAUUUAUUCUGUACAGAGAUAAUAAGAAGCACACGUUCCAAAGCACAUUGAGCUCAGAGAGAACCACAGGGCAAUGUCUAAUUAACUGUAGCCACAGAUCAGAUUUAACUGUCGUGGUGCUAGAAAACAAGAGUGUGUCAGCGAGUCUGUAAGAGAUCAGGGGCAAUAAUUUCAUAAACCAGGGCAUGCAUGGAAGGAUUUUCAUGCAGAGUAAUUCUUCUAAUACUGGCAUUAUAUAACGUGAAGUGAAGCAUUUAUUCACACUAUAUACAAACAUGCGUAUAUGUCAUACGUCUAGUACAUUCAUUACGGAUAGAGUGCAAUAGAUUUAUUAUUGAUGUUCAUGAUCAGGGAUGUAAAUAUAAACUAUGAAUAAAAUUAUAAUUAUUAAUUUAAAGCUGAAAACAAAUGCAACAGGGUCUAUGUGUAUUUGUGUAUCUAUAUAUCUAUAUAAUAGCAUUGAAUGAUUUUCAUUCAUUUGUGAUUAUUGUGUAUUUUGCAGUAGAUCAGCAAUAACGUUGAAUUCUAUAAAUAAAGAUAUAUAGUUCCUUGUUUGUUGCUGUUCACAUUUGAAUUCACGUUUACUACAGAUGUUGGGCUGCUUUUCACCAUUAACAACACACUCAUUAAAGGAAUACUCCAGUGUUUUUUAACUGAAUCUUUAUCCACCACAUCUGUACCAUGUGUGUGAUUACAACAGAGAGGAAUUUCAACACAUUUCCAUGUACUGAGAAAUUCUGUUUACUUGAAAAUCACUCAUCAUGGAAGUGUAAGGGCAGCUGUUUAACUCUAUUAGUAUGUCACAAAUUAAUAAAUGACCACACACAUCCUGUUACAGUGGAACAGGUUUUCCCAAUUGCUGGUUUGUGGUGGCAUUGCAGGGGGUUCAUUAAACUGGUAGAAAUGUCAAUGUCAUGUUAAAUUAAAUGUAAAAAAAUAUACAGUGGGGUGAAAAUGCUUCUGAAAAUGCUUCUAUUUUUCAUUCUUUAAUAGAAUCUUAAGUCCUAUUCCUAAUACAUUUUUACACGUGUCCACAGUGAUAAAACUCUCGCAUCUGGACAGCGAUAAAAUGAGCACAGGAGGAGCGAGUUUCUAGCGGGUUGGAUUUUCUAACCCAGAUGUUUGCAUCGCGUGGUCAUAUGAUCGCGAUUCAUUCACAACAUGGCAUCCAAGUGGUCAAAGAAGCACUGGAGUAGAGAAGAGACGCUGGCUCUUAUUUCAGAGAACUUUGGGGAGAACCAAAGUUCCAGCAACAAUUUGAAAGUACAAUUCAUAAUCACAAAGUAUCAAAAAGCAUCCAUUUCACAAUCGUUUCACAAUUCAGGAAGUGUUUAAUAUCUGGGGAACUAAAUAUGGCAAGUAACAGCAGUCAAAAAGCAAGGUGACCUCUGCAUAGAAAAUCACAGAUGUGUAUCUGAUCCGGAUAGGACUAAAAUUAUCAGACGCCUGCUGAGUUCAGCAAAAAAACAGUAGGUAAUUCAUUCAACCUUUCAUUUUCUCCAAAGAAGAUGGAGAAAAACAAAGACAUGGCUGAUCCAGACAGAAAUAAAGUCACAGAGGAGCACCUAUAAAAUAGGAAAUUAUCCCAGGACCCCACAUAAAUUUAAUCUCAUCCAAACAGGGCUUUAGAAAUACUGCAUUAAUUAAAGUGUGCACUUGAGCUGGCAUGAACUCCACAAGAUACAGUCUUAAAACCAUAAAUGUCCAUGGCUUCCAAUGGGCUAUCAUUGCCCUAUCAUUAGGAGAUGGCAAGUUUGCGUCCUGAUGAUGUCACAGCCAUCCAUGGCCAAAAAUUGUGAAGGAUGUCAUGCUCUUUCUCCUGCAUCAAUCAGAGCGACACUAGCCAAUCAUGGGUGUCUCUUAGCUCAUGUAUGUGGAAGAGGGUGGAUAGCGCUGUCCUCUGUGUGAGUUACACUGCUCUGUGACUAUCUUUGAAAAGAUUCAAUUGGCUGGUGUCAUGUGUCAUGGAUCAUGAAGGAAAAUUAUCAAAAUGGGGAGAAAAUUGGGCAAAAAAAAUCCUUGUGUCCUCUAAACACCUGCUCCAAUGAAAGGGCUUCGACUCAGAAAAAUCUGAUGUUUUGUACAAAGAAAUUUGCUUAAAUUUAAAU